GUACCCUCGAGGGCCGGUACCCCCACUCCGUGUGUCCGAACACAGAAGGGCAGGUAUCCACUGGGGCGGGGACGGAUGCUCACGUGGCACACCUGACCCCAGGAGCAUCUUCAGAGGCACUGAAGGCGAAUCCCUCCCAGCGCAGCCACCAUCGUUGGCAUUUGUACAUGGGGUGUCCACUGCCCCGGAGUCACGGAGACCCCAACCCCCGGUACGCCUGGACAGUGUACUCACGCGGGGCCGAUUGCAGAGCUCCUCAACAGAGCACAUGGGCUCUCGGUUACUCACCGAAGGACACCUGUCCACCCGACAGUGGAGUCCGAUAUAAAAAAGGGACAGGCAGGGUGAAGAAACUCGCUUGCACCCCAUCACUGUCACUCAGCCUGGGGCAGGAGACGGCCAGAAAGAGUUUCAGAUCCCCAGAGAUUGGAAUGAAGACUGCUGUGAGCCUUCUUGUGGGUACUGUGAAUAAGACCUAGGUCGUCAGAAAGAGCAACAGUCAGAGUCUGGUGGUGGUGGCACAUUGCCUUUAAUCCCAGAACUCAGCCUGAUACUCAUGGACGUUGGACAGACCAGAGGCAGGGAUGGUUGGCUAUGAUGCCAAAGCAGAUGCCAGGAGUAACUCCAAGUUGGAGGUGGCGGUGGCGGGAUCAGUGUCAGGAUUUGUCACUCGUGCCCUGAUCAGCCCUUUGGAUGUCAUCAAGAUCCGAUUCCAGCUCCAGCUUGAACGCGUGUGUCCAAGUGACCCCAAUGCCAAAUACCACGGAAUCCUCCAGGCGGCCAAGCAGAUUCUGCAAGAAGAGGGCCCAAGAGCAUUCUGGAAAGGACAUGUUCCAGCCCAGAUCCUGUCCAUAGGCUAUGGAGCCGUCCAAUUUUUGGCCUUUGAAGAACUGACUGAACUGCUUUACCAAGCCAACUUGUAUCAAACCCACCAGUUCUCAGCGCACUUUGUAUGUGGUGGCCUGUCUGCCGGUACAGCCACCCUCACCGUGCACCCCGUGGAUGUCCUGCGCACCCGCCUUGCAGCUCAGGGGGAGCCCAAGAUCUACAGCAAUCUGAGAGAGGCCAUACGCACCAUGUAUAGGACGGAGGGCCCUUUCGUCUUCUACAAAGGCUUGACUCCCACUGUGAUCGCCAUCUUCCCAUACGCGGGCUUGCAGUUCUCCUGCUACCGUUCCUUGAAACGCGCUUAUGACUGGAUCAUGCCGCCAGACGGAAAGCAAACAGGGAACCUUAAAAACCUGCUUUGUGGCUGUGGAUCUGGAGUCAUCAGCAAGACCCUUACGUAUCCCCUGGACCUCUUCAAGAAGCGCCUGCAGGUGCGGGGCUUUGAACAUGCCCGAUCUGCCUUUGGCCAGGUUCGGAGCUACAGGGGCCUCUUGGACCUCGCCCAGCAGGUGCUACAACAUGAAGGCACCCGGGGCUUCUUCAAGGGCCUGUCCCCCAGUCUGAUGAAGGCUGCACUCUCCACUGGCUUCAUGUUCUUCUGGUAUGAGCUCUUCUGUAACCUCUUCCAUUGCAUAAGGAGGGAAGACAGAUAGCUGUGAGGCAGGAGGGGCCUACGGUCUGCACUGAAGGCCCCUCCCCCAACAAGACUUGGCUCCAAGCUCAUACUGAACAAUGGCUGCUGCCUGGUUGGCCUUCUAGGCCAGCUGCUGUGCGCAUGAAGAGUCAUCCAGAGCUGAAGGCAAAAGAAGGCAAGGAAGGGCCUUUGCUGAACAGAAUGAAGAGAGAAGGGAGUGCUUGCACUGUAGAAAGAAGGCCGUGGGGAAGGAGCCUGGUGCCUGGUGUGUCUCUCCUCUGACCAGCCUAACCUGGAAGGAACUGACCAUCUUUUUUGUAGUCCUGGUUUUGGGGAGAACACUCCCUAGUCCUGGUAGGACCACACUGGAGUGCAGACAGGUGGGAUCGGGCUUUUUGCAGAAUUCUGACCUCCACAACUUGGUCUGUUUCUCCUGCCAACUUAUUUAAUAGACAUUAAAGUAAAA